UGCACCAUAUCUGUCUCAGCCGAGCUCAGUGGUGUCUGCACCAUGGCCUGGACUCUUCUCCUCUUCUUCCUCCUUCAUUGUACAGGGUCUUUCUCCCAACCUGUGCCGACUCAGUCACCCUCAGACUCUGCCUCCCUGGGAGACUCAGCCAAACUCACAUGCACCUUGAGUAGUCAGAACAGCACCAACAACAUUGUUUGGUACCAGCAACAUCCAGACAAGGCUCCUAAGCAUUUGAUGCGUCUUCAGAGUGAUGGAAGCUACAGCAAGGGGGAUGGGAUCCCUGACCGCUUCUCUGGCUCCAGCUCUGGGCCUCAUCACUACUUAAGCAUCUCCAACACCCAUCCUGAAGAUGAAGCUAAAUAUUACUGUGGUUCACUGGGGUAUGUUUUUGGUGGAGGAACCAAGCUCACCGUUCUAGGUCUGCCCAAGGCUACACCUUCAGUCACCCUGUUUCCACCACCCUUUGAGGAGCUCAGGGAGCUAAAACAGGCCACACUGUUGUGUCUGAUAACUGACUUUUACCCAGGUGUUGUGACAGUGGCCUGGGAGGCAGAUGGUACACCUAUUACCCAGGGUGUAGUGACCAGUGUACCAGAGAGACAAUACAGUUACAAGUACAGGGCUAGCAGCUACCUGACCUUGAGAGAAGAAGAACUGAAAUCUAUAAGCAGUGUCAGCUGCCUGGUCACCCAUGAAGGGAUCACUGUGGAAAAGAGUUUGUCUCUUAGAGUGUUUUUCUAGGCCUUUCAAAGUUCAUCUUACUCACAGAGGCUUGGAUUCGAAUCAUGCACAAGUAUACAUUACUGCUCUUACCUGCCAUAGCUCUUCUCCUCGCUCCUGAA